AUGUCUAUAUGGGAGCACACAGGAGAGUCAUGUAUCCCUUUCCCCAACAUCAAGAUAAGACUAAAGGAGGAGUUGGUCAUCCCUCACUCUACCAAGGGUCCCGAGGUCACGGUCACCGCCGCCGUGGCCGCGCCGCAGCCCGCACGUUUCCGCGGCCUCUCGCGCUCCCUCCCUCCGGCAGGCGUCGCUGGCCACCGCAGGGCGGCGAGGAAGGAAGCGGACUCGAUCUUCCGUCCCGACGCCCGGGGACUCGGCACCCCCGGCCCGCCUUCUGCACGAGUCCGCUCUAGCGCCCUCUGCACGCGCCCAGCGACGAACCGGGUCCUCCCUCUGGAAGGCGAAGGGGCCCGGGCGGCGCGGCCGAAGGUCCGGGAGUCCUGGACGGGGCGGGGACGGGCGGAGGCGCGGCAGGAAACGCCCGGGGCCGGCAGUGCCGGUCGGGCCGGGGGCGCGGUGGAGGGGAGGGACGGGGCGGCGCCCGGCGGGGCUGCCCGGGCCGCGCACUCAGCCCUGGCGGCGCGCCCCGCGGGGACUCUUCGGGAGGAGUGCCAGGCCCGCGAGCCUUGGGAUUCCGGGACCGCCCUCUCCCGCUCCAGGGCCGGCGGCGAGCGGCAACGACGGCCAGAGCCGCAGCGGCAGCAUGAGAGCGGGCGCCGCGGCCCCACGCCUGCGGACGCGCGGCGAGCGGCGGCGGCCGUGCCUGCGCGCGCCAUGGGGGCGCCGUGGGGCCGGGAGGCCGGCCGGCGCUUCGGGCGGCGCCGGGGCCGGGGGCUUCUGCCGAGCGCCUCCGCGCUGGCGGCGGCCGGCCUGCUGUGCACCGCUCUGGCCGCCUUCUGCUGCUGGAGGCAGCUGCCGCCGCUGCCCUGGGCAUCCUCCGCCCCGCCGCGGCCGGUGGCCGUGCUGCUGUGGUGGGAACCCUUCGCGGGGCGCGACAGCGGCGCGAGGCCGCCCCCGGACUGCUGGCUGCGCUUCAACAUCAGCGGCUGCCGCCUGCUCACCGACCGUGCGGCCUAUGGGGAGGCCCAGGCGGUGCUUUUCCACCACCGUGACCUCGUGAAGGAACCCCAUGACUGGCCCCCGCCCUGGGGCGCCCCGGUGCGCGGGGCAGAUGAGCUGGAGUUGCGGGUGUUGGACGACGAGGAGGCGGUGGCCGCCGAAGCCCUGGCCACCUCGGGCCUCAGGCCCCCGGGCCAGCGCUGGGUGUGGAUGAACUUCGAGUCGCCCUCCCACUCCCCGGGCUUGCGGAACCUGGCGGGGAACCUCUUCAACUGGACCCUCUCCUACAGGGCCGACUCGGACGUCUUCGUGCCUUACGGGUACCUCUACCCCAGGACCCAUCCCAGCGACCAGCCGCUAGGCCUGGCCCCGCCGCUGGCCCGGAAACGGGGGCUGGUGGCCUGGGUGGUGAGCAACUGGGAUGAGCGCCAGGCCCGGGUCCGGUACUACCACCAGCUGAGCCAGCACGUGUCGGUGGACGUGUUCGGCAGGAGCGGGCCUGGCCGGCCGGUGCCCAGCAUUGGCCUUCUGCACACAGUGGCCCGCUACAAGUUCUACCUGGCCUUUGAGAACUCGCAGCACCUGGAUUACAUCACCGAGAAGCUCUGGCGCAACGCGUUGCUGGCCGGGGCCGUGCCCGUGGUGCUGGGCCCCGACCGUGCCAAUUAUGAACGCUUCAUGCCCCGCGGUGCCUUCAUCCACGUAGACGACUUCCCUAGUGCCUCCUCCCUGGCUGCCUACCUGCUCUUCCUCGACCGAAACCCAGCAGUCUACCGUCGCUACUUCAGCUGGCGCAGGAGCUACGCCGUGCACAUCACCUCCUUCUGGGAUGAGCCUUGGUGCCGGGCCUGCCAGGCUGUGCAGAGCGCCGGGGACCGGCCCAAGAGCAUACGCAAUUUGGCUCGCUGGUUUGAGCGGUGAAACCCCGGUGUGACCCAGGGAGGUCAGAUCGUCAGCUUUUGACCCUCAGCUGCGCAUCUCCUUGGCUGGUCCAGUUUUCCAAACACCCAUUUUUACUCUACGGGGGGAAAGGUGAUUUACCAAUUAAUAUGAUUCAGCAUAAAGACUGGGUAGGAAGGAUCCCUGGUUCUCAUGGUUUUGUUUUUUUGUUUGUUUGGUUUUUUGGUUUUUUUUUUUUUUUUUUUUUUUUUGCACAGCUAGCAGUUGGGCUCUGUCUGCUGUAGGUGGGCAUCAGUGUUCACGGGUGAAGAAGGGAGCCCUCCCUCACCUUGUAACCAGGACGAGGUGAAACAGUAGCUUAACUACCAGAAGACUUUGAGUCAGUUGCUCUUUUUUUCCUCAUCCGUCACGGGCUAUAUAGGUGGCCUGUGCUGAAUCCAAAUCCAUACACACUGCUCCUUGACUCACAUUGCACUGGGCGAAUGUGUAGCAAGCCCCCCGUUCCAGAAGGAGCCUUGUUGCAGAAUAGUGAAAGGACUGUGGCCGCAAGUGGGUCUCGUGACUUCCUCAAAGUCUCAUCUCCUAAAAAACGGUGAGGAGGGUGGUCCAAUGAUCCAUGGACUGUUCCUUAACAAGUACUGUUUGUUCCCCUGCCGUAUGAGUACAAAGCCGAUGCUAGAUUGCCCUUGGGGAAGAGUUAGGAUGAAUAUACGGGUGUACCUCACUUUACACACACGUAUUUUUGAAACACUGCUUUUAAAUCAAAUCCCCAAUUCACUGCUUUAGGAGAGGUCAGUGUUUAAUGCAGUCCUCUGGAGACUCCCUUUACAAUGUGAAUAAGCAUCUCCUAACUUAUUUCCUCUGUGUCUGUUUUUCUAUAACCAAAAUUUUUAAAAAGCGUAUUAAAAUUAGAGAUGUGAAAAAAGCAGAAGCGACCUUCUUCUCCCCUCUGUCCAGAAAACCAGCCCGUGUUUACCAACAGAAGAGAAGGAAGCCGCAGUGCCACUUUCCACAAAGUCAUUUGUUUGUAUCGUUUUACUGGACGGGAAAAUUAAGCAGGAACGUACUGCCACUGCCGGAAGUACCUGUCUGCAGGACGGAGAAAGAGAUUGUACCGCAAUAUGGAAUCAUGGCAAAAGGAAAAAAGUUUCGUGGUGUCUAUUAAUGGCAGUUUUUGUUUCCGUCAGUUUUCAGUUAAAUGUUUAAUUGCUAGGGAAUGGAACUAAAUUAGUGCCUGCAAUGAGCCGUGGUUUUUUUGUUAAAAUCUAAAUCUGCCAUUCUCCCCGGGGCCGGCUGGUUCCCCUCCUAGUCUGCAUAGUAGUACUGACGGUAUGGCCUCCCAUUUCUAGUGCCCUUGAGCCUGUGCCGUGGACCAACUUUGAAAAUGGUAUGCAUUGACUUGAAAAGGUGAACGAGCAGCAUAUUUACUAGGAGUGACCGCGUGCCUCCUCUGUGCCAAACACUGGGCUUGGGGUGCCAGGAGAGACACACAAAUGUGUAAGGCGAGGUCCUUUUCUUGAAGGCUAUUAGAAUCUGCCCUUGCCAACAGGUAAAAUAGAACUUUGAUCAGUCAAUCGGCAGAACCUACUUGUUGAAAGUGACAUUCUUUAAUACAGGCCAUAGGUCAGUUAUUAGAAAUCCAGUUGAUUUAUAGCCUCAAAUAACGGUUUGUUUUUCUCUUUGACUUAUUACAAUAAGGACCUUCAGUGACUGAUUAUUGUGAGUAUGGUCUAAGAUUAACUAGGUUUAUAUAAAGUGCUGUAAACUGUAAUUUUGCUUUUGAUUAGGGCAAUUAGCUGAAUCAUUAAGUUUUAUCUCUACGAGUAUUCAUUGCAGACUCACUUAAAAAGUUCACUGAAAUCCAGGCGCUUCAAUUUUUUUUCCUUAAAAGGAGAAAUUAAAGCCCAUAGAUAACAUUUCCUUAUUAAAAUAUUAUAGUGUGGGCGGAAUUACAAAGUAUCAGUCAACCAAUAAAGAAAAAGGAAAAAUUC